UAUAAUCAGAAACGAUGAAUUUAUGGAAUAAGAGAGAUUUAAAGGCACCCCCGAUUUGUACGUAUUUAGAGGAAAGACGAAGCUUGGAUUUGACAAAGUUAUCAAUCAAUUUGAAUAAUGCAGAGGUUGUUUACAAAUCGCAGAAGCAUUUGGAGAUGGAGGCAGCCCUACUGUCCAGGUGUUUAUAUUUAGUGAAAACGAAGUAUCGAAUGUUCAAAUUCGUUCGUGGCUUGGAGAAGGUAAACCAGGGUCUAUUGAGGUAUUUGCAGUAUGAUUUUCAAAAGGAUUUAUCAGAUUUUGUAGCAACAAUGCCGAAGCAGUAUGAAACUCAAACGUAUUUUCCAAGCAGAAAUAUGCUGGAUCAUCUGCUAGUUAAACUGCAAGGUGUGGCAAAGCUGUUUUGUCGGAUUGGCGAAUGUGCCUUGGAUGCUGCUGCAACAAUAAACGAGUACCUGACGAUCGGUCACCUGUGGCAAAUGCUUCUACUUUUCUUCGGCAUCAGCGCAAGAAUCUUUGCAAUAAUGAAACAUCUCCUAAAACUCACCUGCCAAUUAUACAAUGAUCUGAUUGAACUUCGUCGACAUUUUCAAAAUACUGAUGUCCAAUGGUUAACAGAGGAUUACGAAUUUCCAAAUGAUUUAAACAAUUUCGUUGAUGCGACGUGGUUGAAUGAAGACGUUAUUUUGAAACCUAUCGACGGAACAGCAUUGCAGCUGCAAGAAAACAGCACACAACUUCUUGAUGAGAUGAAGAAACACAAUGAUGCAGUGUUGGAACAAAUGCCUUUAGAACUGUUACAAGCUAAUAAAGAUGUAGGAGAUGCAAUUGAAUGCAGAAAAUCAAAUGUAAAGAAGACAAGCACAGUUGGAAAUGUGAAAAGUAAACAGAAAUUGGUUUAUAAAGACAAUAUUUUCACCAAUAAAAUUAUGGCAUUUAAUUCGAUUGACGAAUUGAGAUUGUAUAUCAAAUUGCAAAAUAAAAUGUGCAAUAUUAAUAUUAAGAAGUCAGAUUUCAGACAUUUGGACAAAAUGCAAUGGAAUAUUUUGUACAAUGCUACUAAAAAAUUGAUCAAUAAAUGUUGCAGCCAAAAAGAGAAGAAUUUCGUUAAGAAGGUUAAAGAAUGUCUUGUACAGAGUUUUUCUUGA